AUGAACAAUGCCAAUAUUCAAGUGAAGCAUGUUGAAUCUACGGACGAUGCCAAUGCUCAUUCCAAUCCAAAGCAUCCCAAACCUAUGGAUGAUGUCAAAUUUCGAGUACAGCCAGUCGAAACAAACUAUGGCAAAGGGGGCUUCCAUCCCAUACAUCUCGAAGAUACCUUCAAGCAUGAUCGCUACAAGGUCAUACACAAAUUAGGACAUGGAGGAUUCGCGACGGUAUGGCUUGCGCGAGAUACUAAGCGAGAAAGAUAUGUUGCUUUAAAAGUUCUUGCAGCACGACUGUCAAGUACUUCAAAAGAGGUUGACAUGUUACGUCAGAUGAAGUCAAGUCCCGAGCAUGACGGAAGAUUUUACGUCAUGUCUUUGCUAGAUCAUUUCACCCACAAGGGCCCAAACGGAGACCAUUUAUGCUUGGUCUCUGAAGUUGGAGGACCUAGCAUCAGACAGUUCAAUUCUUGUCCAGGUGAAUAUAAAGGAAGCCGACGGUUGGAAGCGUCUGUGGCAAGGAAUGUUUGCUUGCAGGCCAUACAAGGCUUGAAAUAUAUUCAUAGCACCGGUGUCGUUCAUGGAGAUGUUACUCCUGCCAACAUUCUGCUACAGCUUGCCAACAUCGACGAGUGGACCGAGGAACAAAUCUAUGAAAGACUAGGUGUUCCUCAGAAAAAAGAGAUCAUCUAUGCCAACUCCAAGCUUCCAGUAACUGAUUCUUCCUUUCCUGAUUAUACCGUUGCUCCAAUCAACAUGAAGGAGGUAAAUCCCAAGUGGAUAGCAAAUGACAUCAUAAUAAUCGAUUUCGGUAUCGCCUUUCUCCAAACAGCCCCAUCGUUUGACCUUGGCACGCCCAAAAGCUAUUGUGCACCUGAGUUCUUGUUCGGUUGUUACAGAAGUGUCGCUUCGGAUAUAUGGGCUUUAGGAUGUACGAUUUUUGAGAUUCGUACAGGAUCUCGGUUGUUUAGAUAUGAUGGCAUUCCUAACAGGGACGAGAUGUUAAUAGCUGCAGUGAGACUUCUAGGCGCCUUCCCUGAUGAAUGGUGGGCUGCGUGGAAAGAAGGUCUAAAAUGGUAUGAACAACAAACAGAAAUUGAUGCAAGAUCAGCAGGAAAUAUACUUGAUCAAAUUUUGCAGACCGGUACACACGAUGGUGAUUCUCCUCCUCACAGACAAAAGCUUAGAAACGCAGCGUUGGAAUUCAUCGAGCAAUUCAAGGAGCGUCCUCGGAAUGACAUGCUCGAUGGAACAGAUCAACUCGUGGAGAUGGCGGAGAAGUUGAGAACUAGCGAGGCGGAGGCUAUUCUCAAGUCAGUGAAUGCUAUUGACCAAGGAAUAUCUGUUUCUCAUUCCAAUAAAGCCGAAAAUGGUUCUACUGAGGAAUCUCCGUCAAACCCAAAGAGUUCCGAAGACAAGAGUUCAGAAUUCAAGAGUUCGAAAUCCAAGAGUUCAGAUGCUAAAAGUUUUGAGGCCAACAGUUCAGAUGCUAAAAGCUCGGAAAAGACACCAUCUUCCGAGGGACUAUCAACAGGCCGAUCCCCUAAGAAGAGUUUCACUAAAUUCUCCGCACUGGCAGAGAAACCUAAAACGAAAACCUCUGCCAAUGUGCCCGAUUCAGAAGAUAAUGAGACUCAGAGUAUGGCAGCUUCUACUGAGGUCGAACGUUGCGGUCCUGAACAUUCUCAUAGUUAUCUUGAGCCAUCCGGCAUUAAGAUAUCUACUGCUGAAGCAAGAAUUCUCGAGGAUUUACUCCGAAAGACCCUCAGAUACCUACCUGAGGAGCGAAGCACUGCUCUGGAAUUAUCGAAACACAUUUGGUUCUCUGAUAUAUCCAAAGAGACCGACUAA